CUCUAUGUAUCUCUCUUUACGCAACUUAUUGGCUCCCUCAGUACCAUCCAAACAGAACAGUAAUAAGUGAUAACUACGUCCGUAACGCAAGCACUGAUCAAUCUUCCUUGAAUCCUUCAGAAGCGGGCGUUGCCAAAACUACCAAUCUGAACACCUCGAUUUCCAUUCACUUUUUGUUUUCCCAUAUUACAAAUAUCUAAAUUUUCAGUUCCAUUUUGACAUUUAGAAUGGCCACCAUUACCAAUGGCAAUACCAUGGAAGAGAAUGGUGCCAGAGCGAAAUCAAAGCCCAAACGAAUAUGCUUCUCAUUCGCUGCAUACGCAAACAACCUCCUACACCGCCUCAAAUCAUCCAACGUUGUUGUCGACGAAGGGCUCUCCGACACAGAAUUCUCCUACCUUGAAUCAAAAUUCAACUUCUCUUUCCCACCGGACCUUCGUGUCAUUCUCCAACAAGGCCUUCCAAUCUCACCGGGAUUCCCAAACUGGCGUUCCUCCUCAACACAACAACUCCAGAUUCUCCUCAACCUCCCCUCCUCAUCCAUCCUCCGCCGUGUCUCCGACCACCGCUUCUGGCACCCCUCGUGGGGCCCACAACCCCCCGAACCUACCCACGCCGCGCGCCGCCUCUUGAAUGAUGCGCCCAUCCUCGUCCCAAUCUACCGCCAUUGUUAUAUGCCUUCGUCCCGCGACGUUGCCGGAAACCCUGUUUUCUACGUCGAUCACCGCGGCGAUGUCCGCCUGCUGAGCUUCGACAUCGCCGGAUUCUUCCGGGAGGCGGAAUUUAUGUCUGAGUCGGAGGAUUUGGAGCCGGUGUGGGCUGCGACGACGGCUAGGAGGAUCGAGUUCUGGUCGGAGAUGGCGGAUGCGAGCGGCGGGAGGUGGUGGUGGUGGGGCCGUGUGAAAGGUGAAUUGGGUGUGUGUUUGGAAGGGGUGGUGUGCAGGUUGAGAGAUGGAGGGUGGAGGGAGGAGGAGAUACGCGAGAUGAUGACGGUGACGGAGGAGGACGAGGAAGAGGAAGAGACGAAGAAAGACAAGCAUGAGUUGAAACUGAAAGACAAAGAGGCGAUGGUGUGGCACGUGAGAGUGUUGUCGUUGAUUUUACUGCGUGCGGGAUGGAGCAGGGAAGAUGUGGUGGACUCGCUAGGUGUCGUUGGAGACGAAGGAAAAUCGUGGUUGGAAUUCCACCAGGAACAAUCCACCCUCAACAUCAAGGACCUCUAA